GCUCUGUUAUGUGGCCUACUUAUUACAUGUCCUGAGGACCCACUGAGAUAUUUAGAGAAAAUGAUCAUUUUUAUAAUGGAAAAUGGCCUUGAAAGUCUUCUUUGGGAUAUGUGCAUUGACCCAUCAAUAAGACCAAAAAUUCGGAGAUUAUCUGAAACCUACAUGGAACAACUUUUUGGACUGGAUGAUCAGUUGAUGACUCCAGAAUUAAUGAUAAAAGCAUGUACUUUUUAUACUGGACGUUUAAUGAAGACCCACUUUUGCUCUUGGAGAGACAUAGCAAUACCAGUUAUAAAUGAUGAUGCAGUUAUGGCUGAAAAAAUGGCAAGAGCAAAGGAUUACAACAAUUUCAAAUUUAAAAAAUAUGUAUUUUGUCGUUGGCAUGCCUAUGUGAAAGACAGAAAAGAACGACUUCAAGCUGUACUAUCACGGAUACAACAGAUUGUCCAUAAUCAGAAACAAAUAACUAUACUAACUAAAUGGAGAGCUAAAGCAAGACAAAAGUAUAAAAUGAGAGAAGAUGCGCUGUUGUUACAACAUGAAAUUCAAUUGAAAACAUGGAAAAGCAAGUUAAAACCUGCUGCAGAUGAACCCACUUUUCAUGGACAAAGCAUAUCUAAAGUGUCUUAUGUAUUUGACAUUUCACUGUUACCUGAAAGAGCAAUAUUACAGAUUUUCUUCUAUCUGAGUUUAAGAGAUGUGGUAAUAUGUGGUCAGGUUAAUCACUCCUGGAUGUGGAUGACACAAAUAAGUUCACUGUGGAGCAGUAUUGAUUUUUCUGCAGUAAAACAUAUGAUCACAGAUAAAUACAUAGUGUCUACUUUGCAAAAAUGGCGUCUGCAUGUGUUGCGCUUGAAUUUUCGUGGCUGUAUUCUCCGAAUGAAAACUUUGAGAUAUGUAGGCCUUUGUAAAAAUCUGCAAGAGUUGAAUGUCUCUGACUGCUCAACAGUCACAGAUGAAUCAAUGAGAUACAUCUCUGAGAGUUGUCCUGGAGUCCUGUACCUCAAUCUAUCUAACACAACUAUCACCAACAGGACAAUGAGACUUCUGCCAAGGCACUUUCACAACUUACAGAAUCUUAGCUUGGCUUAUUGCAAAAAGUUCACAGACAAAGGUUUACAGUACCUGAAUUUAGGGAAUGGAUGCCACAAGCUCAUCUAUCUGGACCUUUCUGGCUGCACCCAGAUUUCAGUCCAAGGCUUCAGGAACAUUGCAAACAGCUGCACUGGAAUUAUGCACCUGACCAUCAAUGACAUGCCAACUCUAACAGACAACUGUGUAAAAGCUUUAGUUGAAAAGUGCCCUCGUAUUACAUCAGUCAUUUUUACUGGUGCACCUCAUAUCUCUGAUAGUGCUUUCAAAGCUCUUUCUGUUUGCAACCUCAGAAAGAUCCGAUUUGAAGGAAAUAAAAGAAUUACAGAUGCAUGUUUCAAAUAUAUAGACAAGAAUUAUCCAAAUAUCAAUCACAUUUAUAUGUCAGACUGCAAGAGGAUAACAGAUGUUAGUCUCAAGUCACUUUCACCUUUGAAGCAACUGACUGUGUUGAAUUUGGCAAAUUGUGUAAGAAUUGGUGAUAUGGGACUAAGACAAUUUCUUGAUGGUCCUGUGAGUAUAAGGAUAAGAGAGUUAAACUUAAAUAACUGUGUUCACCUGGGUGAUGCCUCUCUUAUCAAACUAGCAGAACGAUCCAUGAGCUACAUGAAGAUUAUUCAAAAUAAAACUGGCUUGAUGAUACUUUCCAGACAUAAAAAAUUAAAGGAACUUUCUGUAGCAGAGUGUUAUAACAUCACUGAUAAUGGAAUUCAGGCUUUCUGCAAAGGCUCCCUGAUCUUGGAGCACCUGGAUGUCUCUUAUUGCUUCCAGUUGUCAGAUGAAAGCAUUAAAGCACUGUCCAUUUACUGUGUUAACCUCACCUCUCUCAGCAUUGCUGGCUGUCCAAAGAUUACUGAUUCAGCGAUGGAGAUGUUAACAGCAAAAUGUCACUAUCUACACAUUUUGGAUAUUUCUGGUUGUAUCCUGUUUACUGACCAAAUGCUUGAGAACCUUCAGAUGGGCUGCAAACAACUUCGUAUCCUUAAGAUGCAAUACUGCAGACUCAUUUCCAAGGAGGCAGCUAAAAAAAUGUCAUCUAUUGUUCAGCUGCAAGAAUAUAAUCCCAAUGACCCUCCACCAUGGUUUGGCUAUGAUUUUGAAGGUAAACCUCUCACACAAAAAAAUAAAACACUACAAAAAGAAGAUUUAACAUCAACAGUGAAAACGCCAAAAGAAGGAGAAACUAGUAUGGUCCUCAGCCUCUAG